GUCGACAUGAGGACCUGCGUGCUGGCUGUGGUGGCGCUGGUGGCGCUGGUGGCGCUGGUGGCGCUGGCGGCAGCCUCGCCGGCCGGGGAGAAGUACACCAACCGCUACGACCACAUCGACAUCGACGCCAUCCUGGCCAACAAGCGCACGCUGCGGGUGUACGUCAACUGCCUGCUGGAGAAGGGCGACUGCCCCCCGGAGGCCAAGGAGCUGCGCGCGCACAUCCCGGAGGCGCUGCACACGGCCUGCGCCAAGUGCACCUCCUCGCAGAAGAACCUGCUGAGGAAGGCCAUCCGCUACCUGCGCGCGCACGACCGCGCCACCAUGGAGCUGAUCGCCAAGCACUACGACCCCGACAACAAGUACACCAAGUCCUUCUCCGACUUCAUCGACUCCGACAACUGAAGAACCACUUCUCGCGGCGCCGGCUACCACCCUGGCGGACAGCAACAGGCCAUCCGCCUGCCGAGCACUAACUUGUGUCACAACAGCAAUUUCCUAUUCACUACAAAAAUACUUCGUGUCAAUAUUAAACUGCUUUGUUGACACCAAGAAAUUAUUUCAUUGUCACUCCAGAAUAUUUUCUAUGGCGCCACAAAGCAGUUUUUAUUCCGCUGCACUGAACAUUUCACUAUCAACUGGUGACUAUAAAAAUUAAUUCCUGGUAGACCUUAGUUUUAUUCCAUGGUGCUUGUAGCUACCAGAAAGUAAUCAGCGAUUAAGUGACUUCCAAAGAAACUUUAUUAAAGCUAUCUCAGAUUUAACGCUUUUUGACCGUAGCAGCAUAUCGAAGAGCCAGCCAGAGUGCAUACAGUUGUAUUAAAUAUAUCUUGUUGCAACUGGCAGAAGCCGCAAAUCAAUAAGUCAAUGGUUGGAGAUUAAACAAUCUUGAGACGUUAAGUCUCGUACCCCGGCAUCGCGUAGCCAAUCAGAGACUAUAAAACUUGAUACGUGAAUGACAUCACCUUUACAUUUUGAAUCUGAAAGCCUGUUUUUUCUCUGUGAUCCAACAUGAAGCUCCUUAACUAGUUAGUGAUCACCAGAUUUAUUCAAUAAACCAAGUGCUAAUUACUUUGAAAACUUAGUUCCAUAUAACUUAGCGAACAUCAGUUAUUUAUUAUACUUCCUUUUUAUUCAAACGAUUUAAUCAAGGUUUUUUUCAGUUCUUACAAAGAUGCUUCACUAUAAAAACAUAUUUACAUAAUUAGAAUUCCAUGUAAACAUACUGUCAGAUUACACUUUUUAAUGGCUCUUAUUAGUUCGUGGGCAUUAUGAAAACAAAAACUUUACAAAAUUUAAGUGCCUUUACUCUAUCAGAGCUUGCUAGUAUCAACAGUAGCAUAUAUUUUAUCCUUUGUAAUUUCACAACAACAUAAAGCAAGCUGUUUAACAAAA